AGUUGGUGCUGCUUGCAUGGUGUAGGCUUAGGAGUGGAGGAGGAGGAACAACCACCACCACCACCGCUGAAGCCAAUUCACUCUCUUGGGAGACCCAUGGGCAGAAUCCGUUUAAAUGCUUUUUAAGAGAUCUCGGAUCCCCAGCAGCACCUGUGGCUCGGGGAGUUGCAAAAGCUCUGAAUUCCCCGGAGAGCCCCCCUGGUAGCACACCUAGCCCCCCAAGAAGGAGGCUUUGGAACUUGUGUGUUGCAUACUUAGAAACUACUUCCUACUGAAGGAGGCUUUAGAACUAGCAAUUCUCCUAGAUCUGGAGGAUGAGUGGGUAUUUGGAUGAAUCAGACUUUAUGAUGGUGGAGGAAGGCUUCACCACCAGAGACCUCCUUGAGAACCUCCUCAUGGAGGCCUCCCAGACGGGCAACAAAGGGGCCUUUUUUGUGGCAGACCUGGGGGAUGUAGUGAAGAAACACCUGCGCUUCUUGAAGGCCUUGCCCCACGUCAAACCUUUCUACGCCGUUAAGUGCAACAGCAGCAGAGGAGUGGUGCGGACGCUGGCUGCGCUGGGGGCAGGAUUUGACUGUGCUAGCAAGACGGAGAUUGCAUUAGUUCAGAGCAUCGGGGUCCCACCUGACAAGAUUAUCUACACCAACCCCUGCAAACAGAUCGCGCAGAUCAAAUACGCAGCCAGCCACGGGGUCCAGCUGAUGGCUUUCGACAAUGAAGUGGAGCUCGGGAAAGUGGCAAGGAGCCAUCCACAUGCCAGGAUGGUUCUGUGCAUCGCCACCGACAACCCCAGAUCCUCUGCCCGUCUGAGUGUGAAGUUUGGUGCCACCCUUAAGUCCUGCAGACACCUACUAGAAACUGCAAAGGAGAUGAAUGUGGAGAUCGUUGGCAUCAGUUUUCAUGUUGGCAGCGGCUGCCUCGACCUGCAAGCCUUCCCUCGGUCCAUAGCAGAUGCUCGGCUGGUGUUUGAAAUGGGUGCAGAGCUGGGCUACAAGAUGCACUUAUUAGACAUUGGAGGUGGAUUCCCUGGCACUGAAAACUCUAAAGUCCGGUUUGAAGAGGUAUAA